AUGGUCCAAGUGAAGUUGGGCCAUUUGAGAAAACCAAAGAAACUCAGAGAACUGCUCAAGCUGGGGCGAUCUGCCUCCCGUGUGGACCUUCAUACGGGUCGAGGCGUCGAGUCCGAGAGGGAUUUGGGUGACCAGGCCUCGACGACUGUUUUGGAACGUCCCUGUGUAGGGACUUUCAUCUGGCCUUGUGGUAUCGAUCAAAGGCUUUGUGCGGCUCGGCCGGGGUUCCUGGAUCUCUUUUCAGGUGCCCGCGGCGUCGCGAGAGAACUAGCCCGUUUGUCUGGACGCUGGGUGCUUUGCUACGACAUAAAGAAGUGUGCAGCGCAGGAUUUGAGUUCAUCCGAGGUGCAGACCGAAGUGUUAGCUUGGUUGCGAUCUGGCUGGGUGGUUGGUCUCGGUGCCUCCCCGGCGAGCGGCUCCUUUUCUGCUGCGCGAAAGCCAUCACUUCGUUCAGCACGGUGGCCGCAAGGACUGCCAGGGCUAUCUUCCGCUUCGGCACAGAGGGUGACUGAUGAGAACAAGUUGGCAGCUUUUGUUGGCACGGUGAUCUCCGAGUGUGUAAGUGCUCAAAUUCCUUUCUGGAUUGAGAAUCCUCGGUCAUCCUAUCUUUGGCAACUUGACUCUUUUGCCCAGCUCGCGAAGUCUCCUAAGGUUGGCAGUUGGUGUGUAGACUACUGCGCGUAUGGAACGCCAUGGCGCAGGCCCACUCAGGUGCUGACGUCUACGGUGCUCCGUGGCCAGAGCACGCUUUGCCCAGGAUGUGACCGGCAUGUUCAGCUUCGGGGGCGAUCGAGGAUUCAUCGGCUCUCCAUGACAAAGCUUGCGGAGCCUUUCCCUCGAGGUCUGAGUCUUGUCUUGGCCAUGAGUCUCUCAGCUGCAAGUGGGGACAGACCUGAGUUCCGAAAGUUGGAUGCGACGCAGUGGGCCCGUUGUCUCAAUGCGCGCAUCGGUGAAGCAAGCAAUCCUGGGCCUGCUUCUCGCAAUGCUGCUGUCCGCGCCCGAGAACGAGCUGGUCAAGCGCUGAAUUCUGUGCCGCUGGUUGAGCCUAAGACCGAAGCUUUUGAAGUUAGGCUUUGGGCUGAGUUUGAAAAGUGGGUCUUCGUUGACUGUGCGGAGGACGCGGGCAGGACCCUCUUAGGUUGCUCCGGUACAGCGGCUCCUCUACUUGGCGAAUAUGGAGACCACUUGUUCCGUGCGGGCGCCCCGCUCAGUACCUACAGGCAUUUGCUGGCCUAUGCGCAACGGAGACCUCUACCAAGAUCCCUUUGCCAUGCCAUGGCCAGCGUCGCCUUUGCUUGGGGUUGGCCUCGCUUUGGCCUGGUCCUCCUGAUCUGCUUCGCUGGGAUGAUGCGCAUAGGCGAGGUGCUCCAGGCCACGCGGCUCGACCUUGUCCUCCCCGUUGACCUGCUCUCGGAGGACGAGUCCCGGCUCUACGUGCGCAUCCGAGCUCCGAAGACUCGCAGGCGAGGUGGAGGACGACAGCAGCAUGCUACUGUCUCUGAUGAGCCACUGGUUCGUGCUUGUACUGCUGUCUUUGGGCGCUUGAAGCCCGCUGAGCUUCUUUAUCCUCUGUCUCCUCAAGCUUUCCGCCGACGCUGGGAUGAUCUGCUCUCUGCUCUGCGAGUUUCGCCGGAAGUGGGCUUGACUCCAGCCUGUGUGCGAGGCGGUGCUGCUGUGGAGGCUUAUCGGCGCGGACACUGGGUGCGAAGCGCCUUUCGUUUGCCCCGAAACGGCCCGCUUACAACUGGUGGAGUGCUUCCUUCUUUGUCUGCAGACUUCAUCGAAAGCGGAUCGCUCCUUCUUUCUGAGCUCCCCUUCGAAGUCAAGUUUCAGGUUGGACUGGCAGCUCCUUCACUUUUGAGUUUCCUUUCGAAGUCCAGCUUAGUUCAGACAGAGCUCUGCCGCUUAUGCGGCGCACCGAAGUACCAGAGGGCUGUGCAGCUAAAAGGUGCGCAGCCGGGACGCCACUGA